UUACUCUAACUUCAUAGCCAUUACCGUGACCUUCUUGCUUGCUGAUUCAAUAAGUGACUGAGAAAACUACAUAAAUGGCAAAAUCCGAAGAUGAAAAGAAGAUGAAGAUACUAUGUCUCCAUGGAUUUAGGACCAGUGGAAAUUUUCUUCAAAAGCAAAUUAGCAAGUGGGAUCCUUCCAUUUUUUCUCAGUUUGACUUGGAUUUUCCAGACGGAGUAUUUCCAGCUCGAGGCAAAUCUGAAAUUGAAGGCAUUUUCCCACCACCAUACUUUGAGUGGUUCCAGUUCGACAAGGACUUUACUGAGUAUACAAACCUUGAAGAAUGCAUCUCUUAUUUGUGUGAAUACAUCACAACUAGAGGUCCUUUUGAUGGUUUUCUCGGCUUCUCUCAGGGUGCCACACUCUCAGCCCUGCUACUUGGCUAUCAAGCUCAGGGAAAAGUAUUGAAGGAUCAUCCACCCUUUAAACUGUUUGUGUCGGUAUCAGGGUCCAAAUUCAGAGAUCCAAGCAUAUGUGAUGUUGCCUAUAAAGACACCAUCAAGGUAAAGUCAGUCCACUUUAUAGGAGCCAAAGAUUGGUUGAAAGAACCUUCAGAGGACCUCGCCACUGCCUUUGACAGCCCUCUCAUCAUAAGACAUCCACAGGGCCAUACUGUUCCUAGACUUGAUGAGGCAGCCACGGAGCAGCUACGUGCUUGGGCCACAGAAAUCCUCAGUUACAAUAACAAAAUUCUAAAUGGUGAAAAUCAUGAACUGGAGAAUGGAGAAACUAAAGUGGACGAUGAAGAAAAAAAGCCAGAAGAGGUCUCUAACAAGAUCGAUACUACUCAAGUUCAGCAGGAUGGAAUUGGCAUUGAACUAAAGAGAGAAGUAGAAGUUGUGAAAGCCUAAAAGCAUCAGAAGCAAAUAGCAGGCAAUAAAAGGCAACCAUGUUUAGCCCUGUAAUGGUUAUAAUAUUUUUUUUUCUUGGCAUUGUCUCAGCUGAGUUUGGGUGUAUCAACCGAGUCACUAAUAAUCUAUUAAGGUCGAUCGAGUUUUACUAGCUCAAUGUUUUAUUCGGUUUAACUAAAAACCUGGCGCGGCUGCAGAAGCAGCAGAACUACACUGUUCAGACAGCAGGACAAGAGCCUGGAAGCUAAUUUCUUCUCUCUUCCUCUGUUUUCUUCCUUGUAAUCUAAAUAUUAUACUCCUUGUAUUCUAGUUAAAAACUCAAAGGCUUGUGCAUUAGUUCUCUAUAAAUCCAUGGUUUCUAGAGA